AUGCCGCGGGGCGUCGAGGGGGCGUGUCGGAUCAGAAAUUCUAGUGGGGAGCGACCGAGAACUACUGUUGCUCGGAGGCCAGCCGACGUGAACCCGUUGCUUCUGGCUCGGAAAAUCAGUUCUACGCACGAGGCUUUCCAGCUCCGCGGCAGAGAGCAGAGCUACCAGCAGGUGUGCGAACUACGCGGAGAGCAGCGACUGUGGAAGGACUUUGCCAUUACACGGAAGUACCCUCACUUGCUGUUAGUAUGUGUGCCACGCCCUCUCACGGAGAUAAGCAAAGGCUGCCGCCGAGCAAGAUCACGUGGAGGUCAUUUGAAAAACGACGCCCGUGGCAUUACGGACGUUGCAGACUGUCAUGACCAAUAUCAGUACGGACCCCGGUCAUUACAGUUAACCCGUGUAAAAUUUUUACUUCUUAAAUCUCGCGCCAAUUUGCUUGCGACGCAUGGAAAGCCUACUCUAAAUAAGGGAGUAAAGUCCGCGCGCCGCGCCUCCGCCGCCAGUCGUCGCCGCUCCACCUCCGACGGCGCCCAACAACGCUGCCUCACGCAGUCGCCUCGCUCCGCCUGUUGCAGCGCCGCCACCGACCCCGUCAUGGAGACGAAGCAGUUCAAGGAGUUCGCCAAGGAGAUGCCUUCUUUGUGUCUCCAGGUUACCCACUGGCACUCGCCCCGCUUCCACGCCUACUUCCCCACGGCCAACUCGUACCCGGCCAUCGUGGCGGACAUGCUGAGCGGCGCCAUCGCCUGCAUUGGCUUCUCAUGGAUCGCGAGCCCUGCUUGCACGGAGCUGGAAGUGGUGAUGCUGGAUUGGUUGGGCAAGAUGCUGGAGCUGCCGCCCGAAUUUCUCGCCAGCUCUGGAGGCAAGGGGGGCGGCGUCAUACAGGGGACCGCGAGUGAGGCGACCCUGGUGGCGUUGCUGGGAGCCAAAGCUCGAGUCCUCCGCAAAGCGCGCCAAGAGAACCCAGAUGUGAAUGAAAACGACAUUGUAUCAAAACUUGUGGGAUACGCUUCAAGCGCACUCGUCGGUGAGCGCGCGGGCUGCUGGGCGCCGUCAAGGCUGCGUCUGCUGCCCACGGACGCCAACAACCGCCUGCCGCGCCGACGCCCUGCAAGACGCCAUCCGCAGCGACCGCCAGAGGGACUCAUCCCAUUCUACGCUGUGGCUACUCUUGGAACAACUAGUUCUUGUGCUUUUGAUCCCCUUGAGGAGCUGGGUGUCGUAUGCAAUCAAGAAGGAGUUUGGUUGCAUGUAGAUGCUGCAUAUGCUGGAUCUGCUUUCAUUUGCCCGGAAUAUCGAUAUCUGAUGGCCGGAAUUGAACAUGCUGAUUCAUUCAAUUUCAAUCCUCACAAAUGGAUGUUGGUCAAUUUUGAUUGCUCUGCUAUGUGGUUGAAAGACCCUAAUGAUGUGGUUAGUGCUUUUAAUGUUGAUCCUCUUUAUCUGAAACACGAUCAGCAAGGGUCUGCUCCCGAUUACAGACAUUGGCAGAUUCCUCUUGGAAGACGAUUUCGAGCUCUCAAACUGUGGUUUGUAUUUCGCCUUUAUGGUAUUGCGAAUCUACAGGCACAUAUAAGACGCCAAAUAGCUUUGGCUCAUGAAUUUGAAGAUCAUGUCAAAUCAGACUCGCGCUUUGAAAUAUAUGGAGAAGUUACCAUGGGCCUUGUGUGCUUCAGACUUAAGGGUUCAAAUGAACUGAAUGAAACAUUGCUCCGUAGAAUCAAUGGUCACGGAGUUAUCCAUCUGGUACCUUCCAAAAUCCGUGAUACAUAUUUCCUUCGUUUGGCAAUUUGCUCACGAUUCACAGAAUCUCAUGAUAUCAAACUGUCCUGGAAUGAAGUACGCAGUUUGGCAGAUGAAGUUCUUGCUGAAGAACGUCCUGGCCCGUGCUUGCCCAACGUGAAGCCGGGCUACCUGCGCGAGCUGCUGCCCGAGAGCGCGCCCGAGCAGCCGGAGAAGUGGCAGGACGUGAUGGCGGACGUGGAGCGCCUCAUCAUGCCGGGGAUCACCCAUUGGCACUCACCUCGCUUCCACGCCUACUACCCCACGGCCAACUCUUAUCCGGCCAUCGUGGCGGACAUGCUGAGUGCUGGCAUCGCCUGCAAGGGAUUCGCAUGGAUCGCGAGCCCUGCUUGCACGGAGCUGGAAGUGGUGAUGCUGGAUUGGUUGGGCAAGAUGCUCGACCUGCCACCCGAAUUUCUCGCAAUCUCUGGAGGCAAGGGAGGCGGCGUCAUACAGGGGACCGCGAGUGAAUCAACCCUUGUGACGUUGCUGGGAGCCAAGGCUCGAGUCGUCAGCAAAGCACGCGAAGAGAACCCAGAUGUGAAUGAAAGCGACAUUGUAUCAAGACUUGUGGGAUACGCUUCAAGCCAGGCGCACUCGUCGGUGGAGCGCGCGGGGCUGCUGGGCGGCGUCAAGCUGCGUCUGCUGCCCACGGACGCCAACAACCGCCUGCGCGCCGACGCCCUGCAAGACGCCAUCCGCAGCGACCGCCAGCAGGGACUCAUCCCAUUCUACGCUGUAGCUACUCUCGGUACCACUAGUUCUUGUGUUUUUGAUCCCCUUGAGGAACUGGGUGUCGUGUGCAAUCAAGAAGGAGUUUGGCUGCAUGUAGAUGCUGCUUAUGCUGGUCAGUUGAAAGACCAUGAAGAUUUUGCCAAUUUUUUUAACGUUGAUCCUCUUUAUCUGAAAAGCGAUCGGCGAGGGUCGUACCCCGAUUUCAGACAUUGGCAGAUACCUCUUGGAAGAAGAUUUCGAGCACUCAAACUGUGGUUUGUAUUUCGCCUUUAUGGUAUUGCAAAUCUACAGGCACAUAUAAGGCGUCAUAUAGCUUUGGCCCACGAGUUUGAAGAUUAUGUCAAAUCAGACUCGCGCUUUGAAAUAUAUGGAGAAGUUAUCAUGGGCCUUGUGUGCUUCAGACUUAAGGGUUCAAAUGAAUUGAAUGAAAUAUUGCUUCGUAGAAUCAAUAGUCACGGAGUUAUCCAUCUGGUACCUUCCAAAAUCCAUGAUACAUAUUUCCUUCGUUUGGUAGUUUGUUCACGAUUAACAGAAUCACACGAUAUCAAACAGUCAUGGAAUGAAGUACGAAGUUUGGCAGAUGAAGUUCUUGCUGAGGAGCGACCUGAUAACUGACUUACGUAAUAUCCCGCAAUUGGUUGAUAUGGUACGUUGAACAGUAUUACUGAAAUACUAUUGCAGAGGUGUAGUUCUUUUUUCUUCUGGUAUCUUAUUUCAUCCUGCAAUUUUGAUCAGAUACAUGCACGUCUGAAGCUAUCCCUCGGGGGACCAAGCUUCAAAUACCUGUACCAGCUAGCACUAGGUACUCUCGUGAUAUCAAUAUUUUUCAAUGUAUAUUGUUUAGUUAAGAAAGCCAUCAUUUAAUUCAGCUUCCAAUGACGAUCGGUAGAUUUUAUUUCUUCAGUGUUGCACCAUAUCAUCAUAAAAAGGUUUAAGAAAUGUUACAAUAUGAUAUUUAAUGAUAUGGUUAGAUAUUUAAUCUACAAAAUGUGAUGUAAAACUAAGUUUUUUAUGUAUUGUUAUGUCAUGAUAAAGUUUUAUAAAUGAAGUGAAUGUCUAUUCAUGAUGUUAUUAUAUUAUUCUUAACCUACCUGUUACUUAAAGUAAACA